GUUGGAUACUCAAGAAGUUGUAGAGAAGGAAAAGGAGAUAACUCUUGAAAGAAUAGUGAGUCCAUGGCAAACAGGGGUAUGAGAGCCCAUGACUGAAGAAACAAGACAAGGUGAAGUGGAAGAAGCAGAACAACAGCCUAAGCAGCAGCUACGACUCUCCACUCGAGAACAAAAGCCAAAUCCUAAGUAUGCUAAUAUUGCUCUUAUUGAAGCAAGUUCGGUGACCAAACCGGAAAACUAUGAGGAAGCUACACAAAGCAUUGAAUGGAGAAAAGAAAUGGAAGAGGAGAUAAAGGCUUUAAGGCAAAAUCAGACUUGGGAAUUAGUACCCAAGCCAAAUGAUUAUGGGAUAGACUAUGAUGAAACUUACAAUCCGAUGGCUAAGAUUACAACUAUUAGAGUACUGCUUGCUCUAGCUGCAAGCAAAUCAUGGAAGCUGUGGCAGAUGGAUGUGAAGAAUGCAUUUUUUCAUGGAGAAAUUGAUAGAGAAAUUUAUAUGGAGCAACCAUGUGGAUUUGAAGACAAAAGGCAUCCAAAGUACGUCUGCAAAUUAAAAAAGGCACUGUAUGGACUCAAGCAGGCGCCGAGAGCAUGGCCAAAUAUAUCAUUUACAGUAGAAGUGGUGAGUAGAUUUAUGCAAAAUCCUAAAAAGCCACACUUGGAAGCAGUACGUCGGAUUCUCAAGUAUGUCAAAGCAACACUAGAUUAUGGCAUAUUAUACAAGAGUGGCAUUGAGUGUAAGGUGGUUGGCUAUUGUGAUGCUGAUUAUGCUGGAUGUCAUGAUACAAGGAGAUCCACUAUUGGUUAUGUGUUUAAUUUGGGAUCUGGAGCAGUCUCAUGGUGUAGCAAGAGACAACUUACUGUUUCUUUAUCAACCACUGAGGUAGAGUAUAGAAUAGUAGCUGUGGUAGCCUAAGAAAGCACCUGGCUUAUGCAAUUAAUGGAAGACUUGAAGUAGCCAAGUGAUUAUUCAGUAAAAUUAUUAUAUUGUGAUAAUCAAUCAACAAUUCAAUU